AUGGACGCCUCGCUCGAGCCCGCAGCGAGGCCCCCUACGGGCAGCCUUGCUGAUUUCUUUCCUGAGAGAAGAGAUCCAUCGACUUCUGGUGGUGGUUUGGGCGCUUCCCCCUCCGUCUGCGACACCCCUACACCACGCGCAACGCCCCCCGGAGUAGCAGCAGCAGCAGCAGCUCAAGACACUCAAACGCAUGACGAGGUGGCAACACGUACAAGCCACGGGAGCAGCAGUAAUAUGCCACCCUCCAGCUCAGGGGCCCCACACCGCAGCCCUUCCUCUCCUACCAGCGGAGGGGGAGUGGAGGCUGCAGCAGCACCUGCAGCAGCAGCCCCCGCUGUAGCUGCAGCAGCAUCCCCCGCUGCAGCUGCGAGUACCAGUGAUGAUGGAGAAGCAGCAGCAGCAGCAGCCCCCUCACCAGCACCCGCAGGAAUAGCAGCAGCAGAAGCAGCAGAAGCAGAAGCAGCAGAAGCAGAAGCAGCAGAAGCAGAAGCAGCAGCAGCAGAAGCAGCAGCAGCAACAAUCGAAGAGGAGUCAGGGAGCGACGAGUCCGAUGUCAAUGAAGUUCCCAUUGAAGGAUCCGCGGGAGCCGUCCCCCCCCCCUCCAUUGCUCGCGCAGGAUCCAUGCGCAGCAGCAGCAGCAGCCCUGAGCUCCAGCCGUCGGAGCAGCAGCUCGAGCAGCAGCAGACACCGCAACAGCAGCAGGAGCAGCAGCAGCAGCAGGUGAGCUGUCCAGAGUGCCGCGUCAUGUUCGCGCCUCAUGAGCUGGCAGAUCAUCUCUUUUCACAUGCAAUCGACGUUCUACAGCAGCGGGCUCCCCGCAGCAGCAACUUGGGUGGCGUCGCUUACAGUAAUUACAACAGCAACGAAACGACGACGACGACCACUACUACCAGCAGCAGCAGCAGCAGCAUUAGGCGGCCUGCACAGAUACAGCGCACCCGCUCUGUUGGCGUGGGGAAUGCAGCUUCCAUUUCUCCGAUUUCUGUCCCCUCGCGCACGGCUUCAGGGGCCCCUUCGACAGCUCUGCAUACAGUGCAUCACAGAACUGUCGGUGCUCAUGAGGGAUCCUUGCUGAGCUUCGCCGGAUCUCGCGGCUCGAUCGCCUCGUCGUUUGCUGCAGCAGCAGCAGCUGCUACUGCCUCGGCUUCGCCCCUCCAGCGUGUGCUCAGUCACAGCGCUCCAGCCUCGCAGCAUCAGCUUCCCCGGCUGUACGAGGGGAGUGGAACUGACCUCCCUCAGUCGCAGCAUCGCACACGGUACACCGCAGCAGCAGCAGCAGCGCGGCGACUGGAAUCGCAGUCCCCUGCUCGCAGCGGCAGCGGCCAGUUCGGCAUGCACGCUCCUGCGAGCCGCCUCUCGACGGAGUCUGCUCGGAGCGAAGCGGCGCGUGCUCGGCUCCAGCAGCAGCAGCAGCAGCUGUACAUUGAGCGCAGGCAGGAUAGCAGGCAAAUGCGGGAGUGUCUUAGGGGCCCCGGAGCAUACGACUCCGAGAGAGGGUCACCUGGGGGGCCCCCCGAGCUUCACAGAGAAAGGCGAGAGGUGCUGCGCUACCCCGAGAUGGUGCGAGGAGGCUCCUUGAAUUUGGGAGCUUCCAGGGGGGGAGGAGCACGAGGGGGCCUCUACGUGGAAGACUCCGAGGGGCCCCCGUCGGGGCACACCCUGCAGCGGACUUACAGUGAACAGCUGCACGAUUAUCCCGUGGAGGCUUCUGCGGCUUCCCAAGUGCUCACUGGCAGAGCGUCGGAGAGUUCGUUGGAAGCAGGAGGCGGUUCGAGUGGCUGGAUAUACGCGCGGAGCAGCAGCAGCAGCCGCAUUUCCCCCGGCACAAUCGCCCCCACAUGGGCAGAGGCGCUCAUUGAAGAGGGGCUAGUGACACCAGCAGUGCCGCGUCGAGUUCUCCCUUCAGCUGCGCAACGGGUUGCAGCUAGCUACGAGAGGCCUCCUUGGACCCCUGUCGAGCGGCCUCGAUCCUUGCAAGAGAUACAUGUGGAGGGGAGCCUGCAGCCUCGCUAUUAUUACGCCGGCGCGAGGGGCGCUUCUGGACGUCACGGAGGGGGGGGCCCCAUGAGUGCCUCCUACCACGGGGGCCCACUGGGGGGAGGCGCGCAUGGGGGCCCCUCUGCCCGCGGACGAGUGGAGCCUUUGGCGUACCCUCACCCCCAUGCCCACCUGCACCACCAUCAGCAGCAACUGCAGCAGCAGCAGUAUGAGGAAGAGCUGCGCGAGCGGCGCUUGGUAGAUGCUUUCAUUGAGUUCCUACCCACCAGCAAGUACGACUCGGAGCGGGGCAGUCGGCUGGAUGCUGAACAUAGGAAGUGCACGAUUUGUUUCGAUGAGUACGAAGGCGGAGAAACCCAAAGAAGGUUGCCCUGCACACAUUCCUUCCAUCAGCGCUGCAUUGACUGCUGGCUGAAGAGAAGCACACUCUGUCCUAUCUGCAAGCACGACCUCAGAACAGACAUUGCUGCUGUCACUCAACAGGAUUCGGACUGA